AUGUCUAAUGAAAUAAGUAAUAACUUAUCUGAUGAAAAUAUUACCAAUCAGCAAAAUCAAGAACAACACGGCCAGCAACCAAAUAUGUAUAUCCCAUAUGCUCAUCAACAUUAUCCUUUUGUAUAUGGAAAUAAUCAAUACAUAAAUCAACCACUACAACCGCAAGUACAUAAUAAUAAUACACCCAUCAAUUAUAACUCAAAUAAUAACAUUUACUAUCAACAAAUAUCGCAACAACAAACUUAUCCCUUAUAUUAUGCGUCUCAACAAAGUUUUAUCCAACCGUUACCUGGUAAUUUCACAAACUCAUUACCACAACAACUAAAUACAACCCCCAUGAUCGAACCAACCAAUAAAGGCCAAAAUUUAACUAUUAAUGGCUACGAUGGUACUAAAACAUUACCUACCAAAACAAAUCACACAACUUCUAUAACCAUGCCUGUUUCAGAGUCACUAGUUGAUAGAAUAAAUUCAUACAAUAAUGCAGUAACAAGUCAAGUUAAUAACAAUGAUGGUACUAUCAUGACAACUUACAAAUUAAAGCAAAACACCAUCAGAAAAAACAAUCCCAAUAAAGUUAAUAAAAAUACCGUUAAAAGAGAUACUCACAAAAACCCUUUGAAGAAAAUAAAUAAAAAUAAACAUUUAGAACAGAUAGUAUCUAAUAAUAGUAAGGAUACCCAGAGUAAUGUACAUGGCUCAACUAAUAAGAAAGAAUAUGUUAAAGGUGAAGAAUCACUUUACUUAAAAGAAAUCAUUAAUAAUGACACUGAAGGCACUAAUGUUACUAAUAAGACUGCAAAUCCAAUUGUUAUACCUGGUACAAAAAUUACUUUAAGUUCUGAAAAAGAAAUUUUACAAUGGAGAGAAGAAAGAAAAAAGAUGUGGUUAUUAAAAAUAUCAAAUAAGAAGGACGAACAUGCUAAAACUUUGGGUAUUGACUUAAUCAAAGAUCAGGAUAAAUUGAAUAACAAUAAAAACAUCUUUAGAGAAGCUCGCAAAGAUAAAGAAUUUAUAGAAAAAAUAACAAAUCAGGUUCGAAGAUAUAAUCCCAAGCCAAACUUGACCCUAAGUAUUUUACAAAAGGAACAAAAGUUGGAAAAUUUGAAAAUUUUAAAUUUUAUCAAAGAAUUAGGUGAUGCUGGGUAUUUGGAUCAUGAGUUAACGCAAAUGGAAAGAAAUAAAUUGUUUCCUAAACACAAUAGAUAUGUUAAUAAGUCUACCCACCGCUAUAACAACACAGAAGGAAAUCCAAAAGGUUCUACUUACAUAAAUAAGCAUCAUUAUAACAAUAAAGGUAAUAGAAAUGAUAAUGAACCAUAA